ACACUAUACUGGCACUGCUCAGUCUGCAUUAUUUUAUACGUUAUGUAUUAGAGUACGAGCCACCGAUGGGGAACAGAUAGUGAAGACACAAAGUGAAGAACUUGAGUACAUUGUAACAAAACUUUAAGAUCAUCACAAAUCCUCAUAUCUCCAAAAAAUGAUGCUGAAUCAGUUUAGUUGUCCGCGCCACUACCUUUACGAUCAGUACUCCCUGAACUAUAUUCGUUGACAUAUCUACUUGUACUACAUGUUAAAAUACCAAACAUAGUACUGUAUCAUUAUGCCAGGAAGAGGACGAGAUGUGGGUACAAAUCAAGGAGAAACUCUUCGCAGACCAGGCCAGACCACAGAUGGAGGUGACGCAGGUGAAACAAACACACCGAAUAAGUUAAAAGACUUGUUGUAUCGUAUCUUGGACAUAAAGUCCCCGGAUGAUCUCCAAGUGCAAGAAGUGGCCUCUGAGGUGAAGGCAACAGUUACUGAAGAGGAAGACUUAAAGUGGUUUGUAGAGGAGCUAUGCACCCAUGCAUAUAAAGACCGUGUAUUUACCCCCGUUGCUGCUAAGCUGUUUGGCCUAAUUGCUCAGCAUCAUGCUGGUGACAUUAAGAUACGGGAUUUGUUGAUGAGACGAGUGCAGGAUGAAUAUGAUAAAAGGCUUGAUCUACUUAACAAAGACCGCUAUCGAUUUGUAACUUCUGCUUUGUUCCUUGGAGAAGUGUACCAUCAAGUUAAAAUUGGCAAGUCUCCAUUUCGUGUCCUCGUUGGUCCUGUCCUAAAAUAUCUAGAUAUGAUUAUUGAGCCACAUCUCGCAGGGGACUCAAAUGAAAACGUUGAUGAUGACAUGAUUGUUGUUUCAAAGCAGUUAUUACAGAGUGGUGUAGAUCUACAUGAAAGCAAGGCUGAUGCAGUAGAAGCAUUAGUACUAAAAGUGACGGAGGUUUUCUGCCGUUGUCAGCUGACAGCAGCAACGCGUCUGAAUCUUGUAGCAGCUCUGGCUGACCUGUGGCCUCUUUUGGCCAAGGGUAAUAUCAGUUUACGGACACAGCAUGCAUCCCUGGCUGCAAAACUUGGGGUGUCUUUACAUAUCUAAUAAGUUAUCACUUUCUUCUUUCGGGCAUCUAUUUUUUUUAUGUUAAAUUAUAUGUGGCCAUGAUGGAUAUUUUUACUGCAAUAAGACCACCCAUGCUUCCAAUUUACCUUCAUUUGAUGGAAACUGGAUCACAAAGGAGGACACAAAAUACCAAACCUGUAUUAUGUCAGACAUAUUGUAUAGCCAUGUAUACAGAACAGGAUAUUAGAGUAGUGUGAGUAUUCUUAUUUUCCAAAAACCUAAUUUAAUUUUGACACAAAAAUAUGACUUUUCAAGUAAAAGAAUACUGUACUAUAUUGAAUUAUUCUUUUAAUAUUCUAUAUACAGUAUAACAAUAGUGCACAUAAGUGUGUAGUAAAAUGUGGAAAAUUAGUAAUAAACAGUAUACUGUAAUACUGUAUCAGGCUGCCAGCACUGUAAAAUAUACGAGAAGGAAAGAACCAUGAGAAAAAAUCCAAUUUAUGGAAACAAUCUAAACAAAAUUCUCCAUUUUGUUAGAUGUUUUUGUCAGUGGAUUCCUCUACAAUGGUUCUUCCUACGGCUGCAUUGAGAAUGUAGCACUGCUGAGUGGUCGUGUGACACGUUCUCACAGUCCACACCAUGAAGUAUAUGUUUCAUAACCAAAGUGCUUAGGCAAGAAUGUGCAUGUGCCUUUCUGUUGUGACCAGUGAUAGAUGAGAAAACAUAUACCAUCUCUAGGUUAUUGGUAAGAAAAUAAGCAUCAUUCUUUAACUUUUUUUUCUCUCUCACUGAUAUAGCAAGUUCUUGUUUCAUACUGAGAAGGUAGAUGGAAGUUAGUUUCUGCUGUAAGCUUUUGUAAACCAAAUGAUUGAUGUCUUUCAUUAUAGAUACAGUACUCUGUCUCUACCACUCUUAUUUAUUUUUAUUUUUUGCAAAUAUUUUAUUGAUAUGUGAAUGUUCCAUUUUUUUAUAUAUACAGUAUAUGGUAUAUCAGAAGUAAAUAUAUUACCUUGAUAAUAAUGUAUCAGGCAUUAAUAGUCAAAAUAUGGUUAUUCUGUACUGUACUAUAGUGUAGUUUAGUACAGUGUUCUGCUGUGGUGACUUCUGUGAGCAUUACUGUGAAUUAGCUACACACACACACACACAUACAUACAUACA